AUAAUGGAAUCAUAUCAGAUAACCCAGCCUAUUGUUAAAGAUCUUUGACUAUUAUCUUAUAGCAUGAUAAUGACAGAAAAUCACCCAUUUCAUAUUUAUGGAUGAUUUAUUGAACAAAGUGAAAUCAGGACCAUAUUGCCCUAUCGAUUUCAUUGAAUGUGCAAUAUCUGCAUGGGAUAUCACCCAGAAUAUUGUUUUACUGAGAAACUAUCCAUCAAUAUGUCUUCCAGUAUGCUUUUAUUUGGUUUUAGAAGAUAUAUAAAUACGUCAAGAACCUGUCUUCUAUCCUAUCCAUUCAUCUGAAUCUGCAUUCACAAAAUAAUAACUGCUUUGACUCACUUUACACAAUGAAUAUCAAUCAACUGUUUUGCAGACAAUAUCACAACAAUGAUUCAAAUAAAGCUAAAGUAAUACAAUCACGGAAAUAUCCUAUUAACAAGCUUUCUAUUGAGUUGGUCAAGGCAAUAUUCAAUCAAUUGCCAAUGAAUAUAUUGUGGCUAUUCAGCUUAUCAAACAGCAAUGUGAUUACGUUUGCAGCAUCAUCAUUACUAUUCAGGGAUGUAUUGCUAACCGAUCUGCCUAUUAUCAAUGAACAACAAUUUUUAAAGAUUCGCUUCAAUCAUUUGCAUCUAUUUGAGCUGAAUAUAUUGAAUUUUUGUACAGUUUGGAGAAUGUAUUUUGAAUAUCUAGACAAAACGAGAAGCUUUGAUAUUCUCAACCAACUAGCAAGGAAUCCAAACAAAAUAGAACAUUUUCGGUUUUUUGUUAAUGUUUUCGAGUUGCUUGAAGACGCAAAUUUGACUCGUAUUAGAAACAUUGCACAGCUGAUAUCAAGUAACUCAAAAUAUUUAAAGAAUACCACCAUAUACUUUGGAUGUCCAGACUGGUCUCGUUUGUCAGGAGUCUUGAAAACACCUCAUACCAAAUUUCAUGAUUCACAUACAAUCAACUAUCAUCAUUUUAAUGAUUCAAUUGAUUGUUUUUAUCAAAGCUUCAUUGAAAUAAAUUUGAAUAAUGAUUUUCAUUUUAUUACAUUUGCUAAUAGCAUCAUCCAAAAAUUUACUUUAGAAACUAUGGUAUUUUCUUUUAUAAAUAUACUCAAACUUAUUCAGCGCUACCUGGAUGAAAUUGUAACUGCUGAUAAAUUAUUUAAUUUAAAGAGAUUAACAAUAUCUCAUAAAGAGACUAGAAUAGUUAGAAGAUUAGACAGAUUGAUCAAUCUAAAAUACUUGAACUUAUCAAAUGGGGUAAUUCAGAGAAUUGAAAACUUAGAUACACAAAAAAAUUUAAAAAAAUUGAUACUAAGACGUAACACAAUCCCAAAAAUAGAGAAUCUAGACCAUUUGGUCAAUCUAGAGUAUUUGGAUUUAUCACGUAAUUGGUUAAUUAAGAAAAUUGAAAAUUUAGAUGGGUUGAUAAAUUUAAAAAACUUAGAACUAUCACAUACAAAAAUUGUGAAGAUUGAAAAUUUAGAUGCUUUGGUUAAUCUUACAGAGCUUGACUUGUCUAGCAAUUGCAUCAACAAAGUUGAAGGAUUGUCGAAAUUAACCAAAUUGAAUAAAUUAAAUCUCAGUCAGAAUUAUAUUAAUGAGUUUCCUUAUUUUUCAAAUUUGAUUUAUUUAACUAGAUUAAACUUGGUGGAUCAGAUUUCCAAAAUUUAAACUUAAAAAUAUAGAAAAAUUAAAAUAUUUAAAAGUUCUCAAAUUGAAUGAUAAUAUAAUUGAUCAAAUAGAAAUUGACAGGGCACGAGGAUUAAUUGAUGAUAAUUUGAAUUUUUCUAACAAUUAACCAGUUUCAGUAUUGUAAGCAGUUUAUUGAAAACGGUUGUCGAGUUUUUUUAAAACUUGG